UAGGUUGUGAGGUGACUCUGAUGCUCAGCUCCGCUCCUGCCCAGGACUGCAGCUUCUGAAUGUCUCCAGUGAGGACCAAGAGGACCUGAAAAGCGGGGGUUGGGACAUUGCACCUGUGCAGUAGGUUCCAAUGAUGCAGCUUUUUAAAGACCAUCCGGCUACUGGGACCUCUAAUGAUCAGCUGAAAUCUGUCAAUUAACCUGGCAGCAAAUGUGCAACUCCCCAGCAGCGCCCCCACAGGAGACACAAAGCAUUACAUUGGUCUCACAAAUGUGCUUGGCUCUUCUACACAGAGUUGUCAGCCCCUCUUUUCAGCUUAUGGAGAGAAGAUUUUGGAUUCUGUGGCUGACGGUUAAUAUCACCAUUGUGUUGACUCUGAUGAGAUCAAGUGCAGAAACCUGCUCAGCUGCUAUAAUGAAGGUCAACCCCGGCACGGUGAUACACCACGGUCACCCUAUUAACCUCACAUGCACUUUAACCGGUAACUUCAAAUCCUGCAACCGGGGAUCUAAAGAAGAUAUGAACAUUUUCAGGCAAAAAUCGGAUUCGUCAUUGCCCGGGGCACUAAAGGCUGAUUCUGUCGCUGUACGGGAUCUCCCUCCUCCUGGCGAGACAGUUUACCUGUGCUGGAAAUGUAAACUGCUCUGCGUGAUCUCAGUAUUUGCUGGGUUUCCUCCAGAUAAGCCAAAAUCUGUCACGUGUGAACAGGAGGGAGAAUUAGGGAAAAUUUCCUGCACAUGGGAAUCCAGAAGAGAAACCUUCAUUGAAACAAUCUGCACUUUGCAGCUGUUGCAGAAAACACAUAAUGUGACGGUUUCCAGCAAAUGCAGCUCACAAGCAAAUCAGUCUCUCUCGCUGCCGGUCUCUGUCGCUGUCGGUGGGGAAUACACAGUCCUGGUGCGGGCAGCAAAUGAGCUUGGAGAAAAUGUCUCAAUGCCUUACGUGUUCACUUACAUUGAUGUAGUAAAGCCGUAUCCACCACGGGAUAUAACCGUGACCUGUGAUACAUCUCACAACUGUACUGUCACCGUCCACGACAAUCAAGACGUACAACACUGUCGGCUACGGUAUCGCGUCACCAAUGAGAGCAGCUGGGAGCAGGCGGAAAUCCUGAGUAACAGGUCCCUGAUCCUGAACCGUUUACAUCCGCAGUCAGAAUACGAGUUGCAGGCGGCUUGUAAAUACGUGAUCGACAAAGGAAAAUGGAGCAACUGGAGCAAGGUGGUCACCCACGAGACCCCCGAGGAUGCCCCACGAGGAAUGAUCUAUGUUUGGUACAACGUACACAGGACCAAUAAGACGGUCACCAUUUUUUGGAAGUAUAUGAAUUUAUCGGAGUUCAGGGGUCAGAUACAGUUUUACCAGGUGAUAUUUCAAGACAAUGAGCGUCGUGGUGUAGACAGACAAAACACCAGAAACACGUGGCUGAGCAGAAACGUGGACACGGAGGGCUGCGUGAUAAGCGUGUCGGCUCACAACUCAAUGGGAAGCUCCCCUCCUGCGUACAUCACAGUCACCACCCGCAGCCUGUCAGGUUUAGCAGCUCCAAAAAACGUCAUCGCCAUAAGCGGCGGCCCAGAUAACAUCACCCUCCGCUGGGAACUGCCCCCUGGAGUCGACUCAUCCGGAGAUCAGAUAGUAGUUUGGGAGGAUCCUACAGGAAUGGAUCAGAAUUAUGCAAACUGGAUCAGGGUCCCCAAAAACAACAGAUCGGUGACUGUAUCAGGUCACCUGAAGCCGAAUGUAUGUUAUCAGUUCUACGUCUACCUACUGUGGGGAGGGCGAGCAGGACUGCCGGGGGUCACACAGGGCUCCACAAAGCAGACAGCUCCCCUGACGGCUCCUAAAUUUAAAUAUGGAGCUCACAAGGAGAACACUAUACUGGUGACAUGGGAAGAAAUCCCAGCUGAGGCCUGGAUGGGAUGUAUCACUCACUACAGCAUAUAUCUGAAGGCUAUCUCACAGACGACUCGUGUUAUUAAGAUAUCCGUCAACCAAUCAGCUUGGUACCAGUAUGAGAUUGAUAACAUUGAGAAAAACAUCCAGUACUCCUUGGAGAUGACAUGCUCGAAUGACGCUGGAGAGGGUCCCCCAAGUCCUCUCAUAUCUGCGUAUGUUCAGCCGGAUGUUUCAGAAGACAUUACGGCAGUCUCCGUGUUUGUAGCCAUCCUCAUCUUCGUAGGUUUCCUACUCAGCAUUUCAUUUGCAAAACUGAGAGUGCAAAUCUUAUCAAAAAUCCUUCCUCGGGGGUGGAGCAAGCCUGUUCCUGACCCAGCCAAUUGUGAGUGGGCCAAGGAGUACAUAUCAAAAAAGGAAAAAAGGGAAGUUUUCACGAGAGUUGCAUCAAGUGUCUCCAACUACGAUGAUGAAACAGAGACGGUGGAAAUAGAAGAGAUGACCAGUCAGGAGGAGGCGGAGGAGGGUCCAGCAUCUGUAUUUAGUUAUAAAAUAGACAUUGCAUCCAUUAGGAUCACGCAUGAUGAGAACAUAACCCCUAAGGAGAAUUCAGAAGGUACUGCACAAGGUGGGACAUACACAUCCCUAGAAACUGAUCAAACACCAUCGGACUACCUGUUGCACCAUGAAAUCAAACCGUUCGACUACCUGUUGCACCAUGAAAUCAAACCGUCCGACUACCUGGUGCACCACAAAAUCAAACAGUCCGACUACCUGGUGCACCACGAAAUCAAACCGUCCGACUACUUGAUGCACCACAAAAUCGAACCAUCUGACUACUUGUCUCACCAUAUUAAACAAUCAGACGACUUGGCCCACCAUGAAAUGAGGUCAUCAGACUGCUUGGUCCACCAAGACAUUAAGCUACUGAACUUACUGGUCGCCCACUGUAACUCAUCAGACUACUUGGCCCAUCAUGAAAUAAAACCAUCAGACCCCUUGCUCCACCAGGAUGUUAAAAUAUCAAACUCCACGGUCAGCCAUAUUGAACCUUCAUCCUUCCUAGCCCACAAUGAAACUAAAGUGGACUAUCUGCCAACUAACAUGUUGACCAUCACAGAAGACCCCAAAAAAGAAGAAAUGGACCUGUUCCAUCACCAAUUAUUUCUGCCGUCAGGAGAAAGGUGCCGCAACACAAUUAGUCUGAACACUGUCCAACUUUCCAUACAGUGAGAACUGAAUUUGAUACAUUGUGCCCACCCUCAUUUCUAGCAAUGCCUCCUUUAAUAUUUAAAGGGUAACUUUUACAAAUAAUGUUUUUAAGCAACUGCAAAUAAUCUUUAAAAAACCCCACAAAGACCAAACCAAACCGUUUUGUGUAUACAGCUCUGAUGCAGAUCUAGGUUUUUACAUGGUUGCAGGAUACAAAACAACCUCAUUUUUAUUUCGAUGCACUGAAACCAUGUAAAAAGUUGCAAAACAAAAUAAAUCCUACAAGAUUUUAGCUUCUGCCAGUAAACUAAAGACCCCUUGGCUCGUGUCAUGUGGGAAUCCAUUUCCCUGUUCUAUGUAGGUUUUCUGCAAUGAUGGCAG